AGUCAAAAGCCGGACCGCUGGCGCAGGCGUGGUUGCUGGUUGGCCACCAUUUUGUUUUCCUGAAGGGUAAACGGGCGUGCUGAAGAGAUGGUGCCUUUGAGCAGGAGUCUUCUCUCCCUAACGGGUCGGAGCAUUCGUCAAAUUGCAGCAAGACGGGCUCACCACAAGACUGGUCCUGACUUCCAUGACAAAUAUGGAAAUGCUAUCCUUUUGGGAGGACUGACAUUCUGUGUUGUAGUUUGGAGUUAUGUUUCAACACAGACUGGCCUUACAUGGAACUUGUCUCCUGUUGGCAAGAUCACCCCUCAAAAAUGGAGAGAGGAUUAAAUGAAUGGACCAAGUUUUUGCAAAAUAGGAGUACAGAGCCUGAAUUGUGUAUUAGUCUCGGCUCAUGCCUUCUGCUGUAAUAAUUACCUAUGUAAACUGGAUUUCAUAGUAAAUCAAUAAAUAAUAAA